GUAAGCUUAGCUAUAGUGGCGAGGAGCCUCCACACAACUCGGCCGAGGGACAGCUUGGGUGGUCUUCAUCAUGGGGAAAAAGAGGAAACAUGAUCAGGGAAGGGACGACGAGUCGAGCUCCUCCGAUGCCAAGCGGUACAGGUCUUGCCACUGCCAGAACAGAAGGAUGUUAAGUGACGGGAUGUCCGGGAGGGGUUUUCAGAUACCUUCUGUGAGGCAGUAAUCGAACUGAAAGACGUCAUACGGGUAUCUUCAUCUCUUGAUUCACCGGAAAACUGGAGUUUUUCUUUUCUCUGUCGAUAAAUAUUGCACUGAUUGGGCUUUUCUUUGCGCCAACGUUAGUUUGACACUCUGGAUUAAGCUUGAACCCUAUUUCUGUUACUGAUAUGCUCUUCUUGAAGACACAAUAGCCUUGAUCAUAUUCGUGUGAUGGAACGCACAGCAUAUAAAUCACCUACGAGCUGGGUUAUGGGACCGUAUGGUUAUGAUCUCACCUAAGCUAAAGUGGCCACGGAGGAAAAGUUCGAAAGAAAAAUUAUAAAGCUUAAGCAAAAGAGGGAAAAAGAUAAGAACAAACAUAAGGAAGAUAUCAGAAUACUCAAGGAAGAUUUCACAAUACUCAAAGAAUAUUUCAGAAUACUGAAGGAAUCUCAUGAAGAGCUCAAUUCAAAAAUCCAAGAGAUGCGAAAAGAAGGGCGUGCUGAAGUAAAUCAUUACGAUAAAUCUCCAUCUCAGAGAUCGCAAGUAAGCCAAUCAACAAGAUUUCGACUAGUAAUUGAAAAUAAUGUGAGCAGAACAAUUUACAAAAAGGAAACUAUAGAGACCGAGGACGGCGGAGGUCACAUAAAAGUUGCCAUGUAUGAUGGCGGCAAUUGAAUCGCACCUGACCACCUUCUUGCUUCAGCAAAAGUUGACCUAGUUGUCAUUGAAGGAUGGUUCAACGAACCGAAGCGAGAUUCUUGGUCUAAAGAGGAUUUUGAGGAAAGCAUAAUAAAACCACGAAAAGGAAUCACAAGGCUAGUGAAAAAUGAUACAUUUGAUCUGAGUGAUGGGUGUUGUGAUCAUGAAGGUGCCAUUAUUAUGGAUAAUUCGCAACAAAGGGAAGUUAAGCUUGGAGUAAUGAUUGCAGUGCCUACAGAAGUAAGAGUUCUUGAAGGAGUAUCAAAUCCUUUCAAAGUGCAAGAAGGCAAGACAAAAAAGCCAGGGUCUAAGAAAAAGGGUAAAAAGCCUUCUCCAGUUCCAGCGCAAAACUUGGCACAGACAACCGGCAUCCACACAACACAACAUGGCCAAAGUCCUUUUACUCCAGACGAGCAACAUAGUCUUCCACCACCUGCCAUUCAAGACGUAUUGCAGAAAUCAGACCAUGGAAAGCAUACAGAAUUUCUGACUGAUGACACUGCAGAGGAUAAUCGACUGAGUUAUCCACCAGCUAUUGUGCCACAGAUGGUUGAGGGAAAUGGUGAAGCCUUCUGCCUCAGUCUUCUUUAUCUUGUUUACGUUAGUUAAUACAAAUGUUAUUUUUUUUCAGGGCAAGCCCUAAACGGCAAUGGUCAACAAUUUUCGCAACAAAUCCCAAUGUAAAUUUUGUGGCAGCCAACCAAUGCACACAUGCAUAAUGCAAAAUGGUCAAGACUACAAUAUGCAACAAACAAGCAUUCAAAAUCCAUCGCAGGCAGCAGGAUAUUGUCCAGUCUAUCAACCCUUACUUGCUCGUGGACAAGAUCAGUACACUAGUUUCUCUAAUGCAAGUUCUCAACUUGCAUUUCCGAACCUUUCAGCAUACACGACAUUGAAUGAUAUUCGCCAGUGGACUUCCAUCCCUGAAGGGGAGAUAUCUGUGGAAGAUGUACAUCCUUUAAUUGUCCCGACACAAAUUCAAGAGACUUAUGGGUCAUUUAGAUGUGGUCAAGUACUACUUCAAUGGGAUAAACCUCAUAUGGAGCCCAAGGAACACUGGAACUUUCUUGACGAGCUCAUGCCGCUGCAUAGCACACAGUCAAGGUUUUAUGGAGAAAGUUUACCCAGUACAAGCCUCAUGGAUAAAGCCCAUAAAUUACUGGCCAGUACUUCAUCAGGUGAUUCUGUUUUGAAGAUGAUUACUGGUGUUACGAGUCGAGCCACGCAAACUCCUCAGAGGAGAGGCGUUCUCAUUCGUCCCAUUGAGCCAUAUGAUUCAAACGCUGACAUUUUCAGGCCACCAGUUAAGAAGCAAAGGAAUGCCAAAUAUCAACUGCGGUUUGUCAAUAGGGUUUGCAAUGACUACUACACCCAGGAACAAAUCAAAUCAGGGGAUGGGAGUCUGUUAAAGGUAGCUUUGUAUGAUGAGAAUAAUCGGGUAGUCACAUCUGGUCCGCUGUCUUCAGCUUCUGUGGAGGUCGUACUACUUCAUGGCGAUUUCAAUGUCGAAGGUCAAGAUUAUUGGACAUCAGAGGAGUUCAGUGCCUGCCUAGUGCAUUCACAAUCCUUAGAAGAACCACCAGCCCUGGGAGGUGACCGUGUCUUGGCACUGACUGAUGGAGAGGCAGCCCUUGGUAAUGUCAGUUUCCAGAUUUCCUCCUUCCAUGCCAGAACAGGAAAGUUCAAGAUGGGUGUUGAGAUUAAAAACGUACGAGAAGAGAGUGUUCAACAAGGAAUCACUAGCCCAUUUCUCGUGAGAGUUCGUCAAGGGGAAGAAUCAAGUCACCAUCGGAUCACAUCUCCCGAAGCGUUGCUCAGAGUAAGAAUGGAAUUGCCCAAACAAGUCUGCGGGGCGCUGCAGUGCGAUGCCAGGGAACGCGCGUCGUCGGAUCAGUCGUCGCCGGAGAGAAAUGUCUUGGUGGCGUCGAAGGUGGAGGACCAUGACAGCAUAGUACAGAGCGGGAGCGGCGUGUUAUUAUUCCCAGCCCCGCCGCCGUCGUCGGAGCAGGCACGGGUGCCGCAGCCGGAGCCGGGGCUCAAGUGCCCGCGCUGCGACUCCACCAACACCAUGUUCUGCUACUUCAACAACUACUCCCUCACCCAGCCCCGUCACUUCUGCCAAGCAUGCCGCCGCUAUUGGACCCGCGGCGGCGCGCUCCGCAACGUCCCCAGCUGCCACGCCAAGCGCAGCGCCAAACGAAGCGCCAAGCGUUGCGCCAAGUCCAAGGCCUCCGCCGGAGAACCCGCGGCGACAGCGACACCAUCGUCCGCAUUGACGGCAACGAAGCCCAACACUACUUCUUGCAUCGGCGCCGCACCGCCGGGUCUCCACCAGUACUCCAUGUUCUGCACCAAGAGCGAGUCGCCGCACAGCAAUCGGUUCGCCGACAACUUCGACCUGGCGAGCCUCCGCCUCGGCUUCCCCGCUAGGCUGCUCUUUGCUGACGGAGGCGUGCACCACCAGCCGGUGUUGCAGGGAAUGUUCGACUUAGGGCUACAGAGCGGCGGCGGCAAUUGCGAGGACGGAGCCAGUUCCACCACCAAGUGACACCGCCGGCCAAUAGGCAAUAGAGACCCACAACAGGAUUUUCCAAGCGACAGGGGCAUGUACAUGGAAGAAAAUCUUAUGCGACCGGGUCGCAUGCUUCCUACCGAACGACCCUACCCACCAAACGACACGUGGAAGCGUGAAUCUCCAAGCAAGCAACCCCCCUCUUCCCCUCGUCAUACUCGUACCGGCUCUUCCUGCUUCUUGUUUCUGGUGUGAAUCACCCUCGCUGGUUGUUGUGACGACGACGAGAAGUUCACCGGCGACCUCAUGGAGUUGGUGAGAAACGGGCUGACGGCAAUUACUUCUUGCGGGCCCUGCUGGAUCUGAGCUCGUCCGGGCUAGGCGGGCGGAUUGCCGGCGGGGAGCGCAUUGGUCAGCAGAGGGCUCCCUGUGCUCCCG